AAAUGAUUCAUUUGAAAAUCCAUUUCAAAGCAGAAUUCGGUUUAGCAUUGUAUGUCUCUGGAAAUUCAAAAUAUUUAGGGUUAUGGAAUCCUAAAUAAGCAAUCAGAAUGAAUUGGACUGAAGUAACACAUAAUUUAAGCUUAGAAUGAUAUUUGGGAAGUGGAAGUAGCGUAUCAUGAAAUGGAAUAUAAAUAUUUUAUUUCUCAAUACGAGAGCGUUUAAACAAUCUUGUGGGAAUCAGGACCUAAUAGAGUAACUACCAAUCAUGCUAUUGAUGUUUGGAACUACAGGAAAGUUUGCUUUUAAUGCUUGAAUCCAUCAAAUUACGAAGUUUAUAUUUCUGGAUCACCAGAGCCUAUGGGACAAUUUUAAAAAAGAAUAAGAAUGAAAAAUAAACAGGGGAUCUCAUAAUAUGUUUGCCACUUAGAUAUUACAGAUUCUUAGAUUCAAUAUCAAUAUCACUUUCUGACUAAAAGUGAAUUUUCUAGCCCUGUUUAUAAGCUGAAUUUAGAAUAAGAAUGUAUAAUUGUUUUCUUAAUUUUAGAAUCAUAUUAUAAGGACGCCUUACUUGUUUAUUAGGAUGGACUGGCAAAGGUAAAAUAAAUGAUUUUCUAACUGAAUAAAAAUAUUUGUUACGGAUAUGUCCCAUAGACAAAAGAAGAUUAUAGAACUCUUAAGAAGUUUAAUCUAAAGACAAUCGUGGAAUUUUGUAAUACUUAAGAGAAAAGUUUAUUGGAGCAAUAACAUUAGAAAGAUGAUUGCCUUCAUAUGAUCGUCAAUCUUUAUCAUUUUAAACAGGAGAAUUUCACUCAAAGAUUGCUUUAACUUAUUCAGGUUUUUAUCUAAAAAUACAAAGUAUAGAAUUUUAUUUAAAAAUAGUUUAUUUACAUCUGUAAUAAUUCGCUCUCUCAUCUUAGAAAAUAUCUAUAAGUCUAUGAAAAACUCUCAAAAUGCCAAUGA